UUUUAGCCACCAACAGCUCCGCAAGAUUGCGCAAGUUUUAUGAUCAGCUUGCUUUCUCGAAUGACUUCAUACCUGUAUAUAGCCAAAAACAGCUGCCAGUGUUUGUGUACAUGUGUAGGGCCAGCAGCAGGGGUCAGUAGUGUAAGCACAGCGCGCAAAAUGUUUACAUUUUGUAGCGUAGCUUUGUCACAGGCAUUUCCGCGUGGUAAUAGUCUCGAUUAAACGAGCUCUAAAAUUGUCAAAAUUUUAUCGAAAAAAUAUAAAAACGAACGGAAACCCUCUACAGAAUUAACCAGUCUGCUGCGAAUCUACGCUAACUAUGGGCGUUUACGCGAGCAGAAUAGCGUCAGUGUCAAAUAUUGCAGUUAAUUCGGUUUAUCGUACUCGUAAACGGAAAUGCAUCGAAGAGGACGAAUUCGAUCCCGAUUCGGAAUUCAUCGACAGGACACUUCAGACUCCUAAAAAAAGAAAAUUACUGACGACUGCUCAGUACAUAUACAAAACAUUGUUCCAAGAAGAAAAAGGCAGCGACGUUACUGUUCUGAUGCUAGGCAAGGCAUGGAGACUGCACAAAGUGUACAUAACACAGAGUCCAUACUUUGCUAGCAUGUUCUCUGGCUCUUGGAGAGAAGCUAAUGAAAAGGUGAUAAGCGUGGAAAUAACCGAUCCCAAUAUCACUUUAGACUCUCUGGGAACUGUGCUAGGCUCUCUUUACCUCGAUGAGUUAAGUUUGGAGCCUAGAGAUGUUAUUUCAAUUCUGGCAACAGCAACAUUAUUCCAGCUACAAAGUUUAAUCGACCAAUGUACAGAAAUAAUGGUGGAAACCACAAACAUAAAAACUGUGGUAGCUUAUCAUAAUGCGGCUGCUUGCUAUGGCGUGCCAGCUGUUAAGAGGGCUGCUAAACGAUGGCUCGAAGUUAAUUUACUGGGAUAUGGCUGGUUACAUCCUGAGUUUUUGAAUGAAAUCACACCCGAUCUAAUGGUAGAGCUAAUCAUUAGUCCAGAUUUGGUUGUCAUGCAGACCGAAUUCUGCAUCUACAUGAUGUUGAGAAUAUGGUUGUUCGUCCACUUACAAAAAAAAGAAGAAGUCGUACAGAUAGAAGAAUUUUACAAGAAUCACACUUGGUCCGAACCAUUUCUAAUCACAGAAGAGGGCCGAGCCUACGCUGCGCCUUUUAAAUCAUUGAGGAUGAAACAUUUACUGCUUCAUCAUCAAGACGUGAAAAUAUUAUAUGGAGAUAAUCUGAUCCCCCCCGAAUGGUUAAACACGGCUUAUAAGGAGCAGUGGCAUCACUUGUUGAGAAUUGACUCUAACAAAGACUGUGGAAUUUAUUUUCAUUUCAGACCAAGGCAGAUGAGUGAGGAGGAAUUUUCACGCGAAUGCUUCAGGUGCGGUAGGUGUGUUGAAAAAGGAGGAGAACACAUCUGGCGAUGGACAGCGUUCCAUUUUGGAUUAGAUCUCGUCGCUUCUUUAGACACUACCACGCUUAGGCUGAAGCGAAAUCAUAGAAUUGAAACGGAGCAUAUACAGUCCAAUCACGCAAAACACAAUGUCAUUGUUAAGGUGUCCUUGGUGUCGUUGGAUGAGCAAAGACAAGUGAAACACAUUCAGAAUUCGGGUAUGCUUCGAUUAUCGCUUCACAAAAAUGAAGAGAAACUAGUCAUGUCCCUUGACAAACAGCUGACGUAUCCAUUGUACAUAUCUGUAAACAUGCAGGUAGUGACGCCAUUUGCGCCGACAGAGGAACUAAAACCGCAGCAACAAGAGGAACCUGAAACUGUUUUAAUUUUGUCGGAUACAUAAGCACCACUUGAAAUCAAUCUUUCAUUUUUCACACAUUCUUGGUUUACUUUUUAGUUCAUUUUAUUCUAUUUUACUUUUGCAAUUCACGAUCUCGAUACAAAUUUUAUUGAUCAAUAAUAAUGUACGUACACUCGCUAAUAUUGACCGCGAGAUUCGCUCGACUCUCUGGAUCAAUUGAUGUAAAUUAAUACAGUAAAAGUUAAGCGAAACGAAAACCGUUAAACGCACGCUGUAAGAGUCUCGACCUUGUCAAACUAGGACAAACAGUUUUGUAAUUGUAGAAAAUCGAUGACUAUUUGUGAGUUUAGAAAUGUUGCGAAACUUUCACUGUUAUGAAAUUCUUGAUCGGUGAAAAGUAAUUCAUUAUUUCCUACAUAGUCCCAACUACUGUUUCGUUCACGAUGUAUUUCAAGUAUUUUUGUAUCGCAAGAAAUUUGAAAGUUCGAAAUUCUGUAAGUAAUUUUUAUUCCUUUUAAUUUUUUUUUUGACUUUCAAUAUGUCAGUAACUACUCCACGGGUAACUUACUAAUCAAUUCAAAUGUUUGCUGAUCAACGGCUAUUCAAGUUUCUCAAUCCAUGCGUAAAGGAAGAAGGAUAUUUCCGUAUCGCUUUUUAUUUUCUACUUUUUUAUAAUUUUUCUCAGCAAUUCUUACGAUAUACGCUCAAUUGUGAUCACGAGAUUGUCCACUUGAGAGUCCGUGCACUAAUUAUUAUUAACAUACGUAAAUGCAUUAUACGCGAUUGCAUUAAUAUUAUAUAAAAACUGUAAGAUAAAUUGUUCGGAACUUGUAAUGCACAUUAUGUACACAUAAACACAAGGAAUUUCUGAAAACAGCCAGCGAUUUAAUCAUCAACGAAGUUGGUUUGCUUGUGUAUAGACGCGUACGUUGACCGUGACUGACCCUGAACAACUGCGUUUUAUUUUUUCGCAACAUUUAUUUAAAGAAAUAAUAUAAAUGAAACAUCUACGCCACAAAAUUAAAUGACAUCGAAAGAUAGUUACUUAUUAAUUAUUAUUGUAUAUACAGGCAUUGUUAGUAAUGGGUUGUAUAAGAAAUUAAUCAAUUCCCCAAGUCCCCACGUAUAAUUUAGCUAAACUUGAAUACAAUAUAAUUCAAAAUUAUACGUUGCUGCAAAAGUAUUAUAGAAACCGGAAGACAGAAUUUUUUCAAUUUGUUAUAUCCUUUCCGAUUGGUAAAGUAUAAAUUCAUUUUUCUUUUCGAAAUAUCGCGGUGUUUUUCAAACUUGGAACCCCAUAUAUACGUAUAGUAUACAGAUCUGUAUGACUGCAGAGAUUAUACAGAGACUUGUGAUAUUUGUUUUAGAAUCACAGAUAAUAUUAUUGUUAAAUAUACGUAACGCAUAAUUUUUUAUAAAUGGAUACGUGGUGCCUUCGGACUAAAACCAAAAACAAAAAAUAAAAAAUGUUUUUAAGUCGUUUUGUAUAAAGUAAAUCUUCGUAUUAAUAAUAA